AAAACUUAGAAUAAGCAAUUUGACCGUUACAAAAUCCUCAUAUUCAAAUCCCUCAACAUACUUCACCACUGACCAGUCAAAGACGCAAAAGCAGUUUCAGUCCACCACCCACUACCAUCAAAAAAACAAUGACAGAACUCGAAAUGGCCGAAGAGCAAAUGCAACAGCUCAGAUCCAAAGCCAAGGAGCACCUCCUCAGAGAAGAAUGGGAAGACUCCAUACUUGCCUACUCUCACUUCAUCAAUCUUUGCCAAGACCAAAUCUCAAACACCCAACAUCACUUAGACCCAGAAAACCUUUCCAAGCUCCACAAAUCUCUCUGCUUAGGGCUCUCAAAUCGAGCCGAGGCACGGUCCAGGCUGAGAGAAUUUGAUGAAGCAUUGAAGGAUAGUGAACAAUCUUUGAAAAUUGAGAGUACCCAUUUCAAGACCCUGCUAUGCAAAGGUAAGAUUUUGCUAAAUCUCAAUAGGUACUCUAUGGCUUUGGACUGUUUCAACACUGCUCUUUUGGAUCCUCAGGCUAAUGAGAAUGCUGAAAGCCUUAAUGGGUAUCUGGAGAAAUGCAAAAAGCUAGAGUUUUUAUCAAGGACCGGAGGCUUUGAUCUCUCGGAUUGGAUUGUAAACAAGUAUCGAGGAAAGUCCCCAGAACUAGCCGAGUACAUUGGUGCUGUGCAGAUAAGGAAAUCUGUGAUUAGUGGGCGUGGCCUAUUUGCAACAAAGAACAUUGAUGCUGGGACUUUGGUGUUGGUCACCAAAGCAAUUGCCACAGAGAGAGGUAUAUUGCCUAGUGAAGAUUCAGGUGAGAAUGCCCAAUUGGUUAUGUGGAAGAAUUUCAUUGAUAAAGUUACAAGUUCAAUUGCAAAAUGUCCUAGAACAUGUUAUUUGAUUAAUACAUUGUCAAUUGGCGAAGAUGAGGACGUGUUAGAGGUUCCAGAUAUAAGUCUUUUUAGGCCUGAGGCUGAAGAGGAAAGAAGAGACUUGGAUAAGAAGAUUGAUAUGGCUAGUAUUCUAAACAUCUUGGAUGUGAAUUCUCUGGUUGAAGAUACAGUUUCAGCCAAAGUUUUGGGGAGGAACAGUGAUUAUUAUGGUGUUGGAUUGUGGGUAUUAGCUUCAUUCAUUAACCAUGCUUGUAGUCCUAAUGCAAGGCGUUUGCAUGUAGGGGAUUAUGUGAUGGUUCAUGUUUCAAGGGAUGUUAAGGCAGGUGAAGAGAUUACAUUUGCUUAUCAUGAUGUGCUUUUGCCAUUGGAUAAGCGUAGAGAAAUGUCAAACUCAUGGGGGUUUCAAUGUAAUUGUAAGAGGUGCAAGUUUGAGGAGGAAAUGAGUGAAAAGCAAGAGAUUAGAGAAAUUGAAAUUGGCCUUGAAAGAGGGAUAGAUAUGGGUGGUGCAGUGUACAGAUUAGAGGAAUGUAUGAGGAGAUGUGUAGUGAGGGGUAAGCAGAAAGGCUAUUUGAGGGCAUCCUAUUGGUCUGCAUAUUCUGAGGCUUAUGGUUCACAGAAGUCAAUGAAGAGAUGGGGACAGCGGAUUCCAGCUGUGGACGUGGUGGUGGAUAGUUUAGUUGAAGUAAUGGGAAGUGAUGAGAGGUUAUUGAAGGCAUUGAUCGAAGGAUUGAAUAAAAGUUCAGGGGUGUUGGACAAGGAGAGGGCUUUGAAGCUGGGAAGAGGAGUGUAUGGAAAGGUGGUUAAGAAACAAGCAUUAAGGACUCUACUUGAGAUUGGCUUAUUUUGACAAACCUAUUAUCUUUUCAUUGUUAACAAAAUCCAUAGCAACACACAAGUUCUACUUUUUUUUUUCUUUUUCCUGCCACUUUGAUUUGUUUAAUAGCUUCGAGUUAUAUUACCUCAAGGCUCAAGCUACAAGUCUAUUCAUUUUGUUCUUGCUAACAAACCUACUUAGCUUAGCUUCUGCUUUUUUUUUUUUGGUUGUUGUUGUUGUUGUUGACAUGUUGUUAACAAAACUAUUUAGCUACACACAAGUUCCAUUCAGUUUUC